GCUGUACUAUCCAGGACUGACUGCUCAGGUUUGUGCCACUUGUAAGUCAUGGACGCGAUCAAAGUGGCCAAGGUCGAAGCAGUGAAAUGUCGGAGAGCUGGCCGAGCUACAUCUGGCACCUUGCAUUUGACUGCGCAUCACCUAAUAUUCGACGAUGACGAAAAGACAGAAGACGAGGAGUGGAUCCCUUAUCCGAUGAUUUCAUUAGUGACUCGUAUGCCUAUGACGCUUCAGGGAUACUAUCCACUUUCAAUACACCAACGAAACUUUCGUUCCGUAAUGUUAUACUUUCAAAGAGAUGCGGAAUCGCAAGAUGUGUUUGAGAGCAUUCGAGGACUCACAGUGGCCUCAUCCGUAACGCAGCUAUACGCGUUCUUCUACGCUCCAAGCCCUCCAUUAGAAGGAAAGGGUGGCUGGUCACUUUACUCCCCUCGAGAUGAAUUCGCUCGUAUGGGCAUAGGAUCCAGGUCGAAGGCGUGGCGAUUUACGGAUAUCAAUAAAGAUUAUUCCUUUUGUCCGACAUACCCAGCUCGUUUAGUUGUUCCAACCCGAAUAAGCGACACUACACUUCAAUAUGCGUCGAAGUACCGAAGUAAAUGCCGAAUACCAACAUUAGUUUACUUGCACUGGGCAAACUAUGGAACAAUAACGAGAUCAAGCCAGCCAAUGGUCGGAAUUACUAACAACCGGUCGAUCCAGGACGAAAAACUUAUUGAAGCCAUUUUUCAAUCGCAUCAUUCUCCUGAAUCUCGUGUGUCGACCGGACCUGUUUAUGGAGCCACUUCCACAAAUUUGAUAAUUGACGCUCGGCCGACGACUAAUGCUAUGGCAAAUGUCGCAAAGGGGGCUGGUACAGAGAAUAUGGAAUAUUACAAAGAAGGCAAAAAGGCAUAUCUCGGCAUAGAUAAUAUCCAUGUCAUGCGCGAGUCCCUGAGCAAGGUUGUUGAGGCUUUACGAAGUGCAGACGCCUUGGCCUACGGAGGGGAUGACUCUGACUACCAACGGUCAACGUCAAACCCCGUACUCCUUGAUCGUCAGGCCCUUAGACGGUCCGGCUGGCUUCGUCACCUCUCCGCUAUUCUGGACGGCACACUCUUGAUUGUUCGGAACAUUCACGUUAAUUCAUCUCACGUCCUGAUACAUUGCUCCGACGGCUGGGAUCGCACGGCACAACUAUCGUCACUAGCACAACUUUGUUUAGAUCCGUUCUACCGUACAUACAGAGGGUUUCAAGUCCUCGUGGAGAAAGACUGGCUCUCAUUUGGCCAUAGAUUCCUCGAUCGAUGCGGACACCUUUCUUCUGAGAAGUUUUUCAUUUCUGCAACCGAUAUGCCAUCGGGGAGUGGUGGUGCAGAAGCCGCGCAGGCAUUGUUCGCAUCUGUUCAAAAUAGACUCGUUGGCCAGGGCCAUCUCAAAGAGACAAGUCCGGUUUUUCACCAGUUCCUAGAGUGUGUUCGUCAAAUCCAGCGGCAAAACCCUGGCCGCUUUGAGUUCAAUUCCCGUUUCCUGGAAAGGAUUCACUAUCAUCUUUACUCCUGCCAGUUUGGAACGUUCUUGUUCAAUUGCGAGCGGGAACGUAGAUUGGGUGAUAACGCUUCGCCGCCUUGCGAGCGAACUCUCAGUGUAUGGGAUUUCUUAAAUUCCCCUGCAGAAGUUAAAGAAAAUACAAACCCUCUGUACGAUCCGAAGCUGGACGACCCUUCUAGACGCGAUGCUCAAGCGAACAUGGGUGUUUUGUUUCCAGAUCCAAAGGAUGUGCGGUUUUGGAACGAGCUUUAUGGACGGACCGACGAAGAGAUGAAUGGUAAAUUAGUGGCCGCGGAUAUUCAAGGUGUAGAUGUCAUUGGACCUGUCGAGGGCAUGGAAGAUGACCCUAUACCACUCCCUACUGAUGCCACGCCAAGCAGCGGGAUGCACCAAGCACCGGCGAACCAUAUCACAUCCUCCUCCUCACCAUCACGUUCUUCAUCCCCUGCAAUAACUUUGACGUCCUCGGAAGCACUGUCAGGGGAGGUGACCCCGAAGAGACCCACGCAGAGUUCCCCAAGUCGAGCGCUUACAUCGUCGAUGACAAAUCUAGUGCAGCAAAGGCCAGAGACAACUAGACAGGAUAGUUUCCGACCUUUUUCGGCCUCGCCUUCUAACGUCUCACUAAAACCCGGCAGCCCCUCAAGGAACGAGCCGACUGACGCUGCGGUUCGUGAGACCAUUCCCGCACGAGGAAGAACGAGUGCUCAGCAAGCAGAGUUCAUCCCUGAGGGAGUUCGAUCUAUUUGGGGGAAAUUCUCAUCCAAUGCAACAGCUGCUUUCUCUGCAGUUCAGGGUGCGUACGGUGGGAUGUCAAAAGAAAUCAAGAACAUCACUGCAACUCAGGGAUGGGACGGGACGCGUGGUUUGGGCGGGGAACUGGAGAGUCGAACCAGGACUCCAGGUGUACAUGAUGAGGCGGACUGGACAACGCCAAGUUCCACCCCAAUUUCUACACCACUGAGGCGGGAAUCUACCCUUACCCCGUCCUGGGCAGCGGAUGCGAACGUCCCCUCGGAACGCUGGAGGAAUGACCACCGUAAGCCUUCGCUCUCGAAUCUUUCGCUUGAAAACCCUUGGCGAACACAACCACGAGAAAUUCGUUCACCUGCAAGGCACGUGGAUGACAUCUCUUCAUCCUCUGUGUGGGCUGAAGAUACACGACAAUCUCCCAAGUCCCUGCCUCCUGACCCGACGGUAUUGCCAGUUGGGACUGCCCAAGUGCCAUCUCCCAGUCGGAAUAAUCCGGUACACGUCAACCCUGAAGACAAAUCCAGUAGUCCAGAGGUUGCCUUAUCGAAGACAACGAAAGAUGGGGAUCCGCUGGGCGUAUUGUAGCAGUUGCAGCACCAUGUAUCAUUUGUAGU